UGUGCCAUUUAUUGCGUUCACAUAACGUAUCUACGUUACUUUAUGUUUCAUGUUAUGUUUCGUGGAACGCUCCGCUUCGCAACAAUUGCAAGUUCGCAACUACUUACGACUAAAGACUUACGGACUGGUUAUGUGGUUAUGGAAGAUCGAAGGGUUAAGGUUAUAAUUGCGAUAGUGUAAAUGACUUUAUAAAAAUUGCGACUAGUUGACACAAUAUAUAUUCGAUAUUUCAAAAAUGAGUCGUAGAAGGGUUCACGAAGAGGACGAUGGAUACGAACGUGCGUACAAGAAACGCAGGAGGGUAUCCGAGAACCAAGAAAUCGAGGAUCGACUUGAAUCUCUUAUUCUACGGGUCGGAGAAAAGUCUACGUCCUCGUUGGAGAGUAAUCUUGAAGGUUUAGCUUCUGUGUUAGAAGCCGAUCUUGGAUUGUUUCGCAGUAAAAUACUUCGGAUUUUGACCGAUUGUGCUAUUAAAAUGCCUGAGAAAUGCACAAUUUACACUACGCUCGUUGGAUUGUUAAACGCAAAGAAUUUUAAUUUUGGUGGUGAAUUUGUUGAUUAUAUGGUGAAAAAUUUCAAAGAUUCGUUAAAAGCGUGUAAAUGGGAUGUCGCCAGAUACUCGUUAAGAUUCUUAGCCGAUUUAGUGAAUUGUCAUGUUUUGUCUUGUGGAUCGUUAAUGCAACUGUUUGACAAUAUGUUAGAUGCUGCUAACGAAGAUGGUGUGCCUCAAGUAAGACGCGAUUGGUAUGUUUACGCUGUAUUAUCCACACUGCCAUGGGUUGGAAGAGAACUGUAUGAAAAGAAGGAGCAAGAGUUAGACCAUUUGAUGGUGACGAUAGAGAUAUUUUUAAAUAAACGGAAUAAGAAGCAUCAGCCAGCCUUGAGAAUUUGGUCAAGCGACACACCGCAUCCUCAAGAAGAAUAUUUGGACUGUUUAUGGGCUCAAGUGCGGAAACUCAGACAAGACAACUGGGCAGAGAAACAUAUUCCCAGACCUUAUCUGGCGUUUGAUUCAAUAUUGUGCGAAGCAUUGCAACAUAACUUGCCUACUAUAAUGGCACCCCCGCAUCAUGAAUCCUAUUCUUAUCCGCUACCUACGGUAGUUUUCCGUAUGUUUGAUUAUACAGAUUGUCCAGCCGAAGGACCAUUAUUGCCUGGUAGCCACGCUAUCGAACGAUUUCUUAUAGAAGAACAUUUAAGGCAGAUUAUUAAUAACUAUUUUUACGAAAGAAAAGAUUGUGCAGCUCAAUUAUUAAAUUUUCCGUACAAAGCAAAAAUACCUUUAGACUAUUGUAUCGUGGAAGUGAUAUUUGGUGAAUUAUUUCGACUACCAGCGCCGAAGAAUUUAGAAAUAUGCUACGGGUCAAUUUUAAUCGAGCUUUGCAAGCUGCAACCAUCAACGAUGCCACAAGUUUUGGCUCAAGCAACAGAGAUUUUAUUCCGUCGCAUAGAUAGUAUGGCUGCUGCCGCUUUCGAUCGUUUCGUGUGGUGGUUCGCGUACCAUUUAAGUAAUUUCCAGUUCCGUUGGUCGUGGGAAGAUUGGGAUUCUUGUUUGCAACGCGAUCCAGAACAUCCACGUCCAAAAUUCAUUCGAGAAGUACUUCUUAAAGCUUUACGAUUAUCAUAUUACCAAAGAAUACGGGAUAUGAUGCCUGAGUCGUAUGCCGAGUUAAUUCCACCACCUCCAGAGCCUAUUUAUAAGUAUACUUCCGAAGGAGCUAGCUCGCUUCCUGGUACAUCAGCAGCUCACGAGUUGGUAGUUUCUAUUAGACGAAAAUGUACGCUAGAAGAGGUUCUGAACGUAUUGAACACGCUACCAGGUCCUAGAGAAAACGAAGAAACCAAUAACUUCAAUCCCUUGAAAAUCGAUGUUUUUGUACAAACUUUAUUGAACCUAGGUUCUAAAAGUUUUAGUCAUAGCUUCGCGGCAAUAGGAAAAUUCCAUUAUGUAUUUAAGGUUCUUGCAGAAACUGAAGAGGCACAGAUAUGUAUUUUAAGGAAUAUGUAUGCAUUAUGGAAGAAUCAUUACCAAAUGAUGGCAGUUCUAACAGAUAAGCUUUUAAAGACUGGUAUCAUCGAAUGCAGCGCCAUUGCAAAUUGGAUAUUUUCAAAAGAAAUGGCAUCGGAAUUUACCAAGUUAUAUAUUUGGGAAAUACUUCAUUUAACGAUUCGAAAGAAGAAUAAGCACGUCACGAAGUUGAGUACGGAAUUAACGGAAGCGCGGGAGAAAUUGAGAAGAGCGGAAAGUAGAUCAGGAUCGUCAUCGGAAGAUGAGGAUAGCAAUAAAGACAGAAAUAAAGAGAAACCAUCGGAGGACGUUGUGGAAAGAAUGGAGGAAAAGCUGGAAGCAGCGCAAGCCGAUCAGAAAAAUUUGUUUCUUAUCAUUUUCCAGCGUUUUAUAAUGAUUCUGUCUGAACAUUUAGUACGUUGCGAUACUGAUGGUAUAGAUUAUAAUACUCACUGGUACAAGUGGACCAUAGGAAGAUUACAACAAGUAUUUCUAACUCAUCACGAACAAGUUCAAAAGUAUUCAUCGACUCUAGAAACUUUGCUUUUCACGCCAGAUCUGGACCCCCAUAUUUUGGACGUUUUCCAUCAAUUUGUUUCUCUGCGAGCGUGAACAUCUGUCUUUUGUAUGGUAACCAUUUUAUUUUGUAGAAUCUAAGUUAACGCCGUUAGGAAUUUAUGAACCAUAGAGGCGUGGUGUUUCAUGAUACAAACUAUAUUGAGUUAAAAUUAAGAAAAAAAAAAUUUUUCAUAUUAUGACAUUAUAUUUUGUGAUCGAUCGUAAAAAUUGAUUGAUAAUUAUGUGACGUAUUGCAUAAUAUUAUGUGCAAAUGUUUACGGUUUUCUAUUGACGUUUAUUUUAUUUCGAUGUAAAUAUCGAUAUAUUUAUCCACAUUUACACAAAUUGUUCUCGAACAAG